CAAUACGCAAGACAGAGUCUAGUCUGCCGGAAACGCACAAGGAGAAGGAGAGCGGGACGAAAGAAGCGGUUGCUAUGGCCGACAUGUUUCCAUGUCAACAAUAAAUGGACCAAGCUUCUCCUGAUAAACUAGCCAGAGAAGGAGAGGGGAAUGGCAGAGACAACAGAGAGCAAGAAGGAGGAGGCUGAUUACAAGAGGCUCCACAGCUUCCCACUCAUCAGGCACACAGACAUGCCAGAGGAGAUGAGAGUGGAAACAAUGGAACUGUGUGUCACAGCCUGUGAGAAGUUUGCCACCAACAAUGAGAAUGCGGCGAAGAUGAUCAAGGAGUCGAUGGAUAAAAAGUUUGGCAGCUCGUGGCACGUGGUGAUCGGGGAGGGCUUUGGCUUCGAGGUGACACACGAGGUCAAGAACCUGCUGUACAUGUUCUUUGGAGGCAGCCUGGCCGUGUGUGUGUGGAAGUGCGCUUAGCACACACACACAAAACACACACAAAACACACACAGGCUACACACACACACCCCUCCCAUCCAGUGUGUCUCUACCUAACGAGUGUGUUUAUAUAUUUAUAUACACAUCCUGGAUGAUUCACCCAUCUCUGAGCUUUGCAGUAUUUUUCUUUGUUAUUUACUGAUCGUGUGUGCGUGCGCGUGUGCCUGUGAUGUCCCAUAUAUCAUUGAUUGAUUAGGCUAAGUCAUUCUUGAUAUAUUGUAUUCAAUAUCAGCAUGUCACACUCUUGCCUUGUGUGUGCCCAAACAGUAUGAAAAUGACCAAGUUUUAUCUGUAUACAAAUGUGAUCAUUUCUACAGAGCAGUGAGUUCACUGCAUGAACGAGUCUGCUGUCUCUCCUACUAUCCUACUGAUGGAAUUCAGUGGGGCUGAAACACUUGCACUCUCUUUCCCUAUUGCUUUCUGCUCUACUUCUUUAACUCGAGGCGGCGUGCGUGUUCUCAUCAUCUCCUCAUGCUCACCUUUUGAAGAAAAAAAUUUGUCCAGCUCCAUGUCUUUCCUCCACACCGCCUGUACGUUGGCACACUGUCGUCUCGGUGGGCUGCCAUGCCAUCUGCUGAAAAACAUCCUUACACAAGCACGCACUCUCUCUCAGUCUCUCUUAUUGCUCUCAAUUCACACUAUCUCUGUUUCUCUAAUCCUCUCUCUAGAUUCUUAUUGCUCUCAAUUUACACUAUCUCUGUUUCCCUAAUCCUCUCUCUAGAUUCUUGUUGCUCUCAAUUCACACUAUCUCUGUUUCUCUAAUCCUCUCUCUAGAUUCUUAUU